AUGUCUGAGCGUGUGUACGACCUCAUCGGCGUUGGCUUCGGCCCUGCCAAUCUGGCACUGUGCAUUGCCCUGCAUGAGAGCGAGGAAGCCAAGGUCAAAAAUUUUUCCAUGUGCUUCCUGGAAAAGCAGCCGCAAUUCGCAUGGCACCCCUCUCUGCUGCUUCCUGGCGCGCAGCUCCAAGUGUCCCCGAUCAAGGACCUGGCGACGAUGCGCGACCCCACGUCUGCCUACACGUUCCUCAACUUUUUGCACACCGAGGGCCGUCUUGCGCAGUACAUCAACCGCGAAGAAAAGGUGCCGAGCCGCCGUGAGUGGAGCGCGUACCUGGCGUGGGCUGCGCAGCGGAUGCAGUCCUAUGCCCACUACGGCCGCACAGUCACCGACAUUCAGCCCGUGGAGCGCGACGGAAAGGUGGUCUAUUUGCGCGUCCUCGCAAAGAACACGAUUACGGGCGAGACCGAGACGCUGAACGCGCGCAAUGUUACGACGGCUGUCGGUGGCUCGGCCAACGUCCCCCCCGUCUUCCAGUCGAUGUACAAGUGGCCGCCGAGCGACCCCGAGAACGUGUCGCGCGUGGUGCACGCAUCCACUUUUCUUCCUCAAAUGGCGCGCCUGGACAAAGUGCUCCAGCGCCGCGAUGUCGACACGGCUGCCCCCCGUCUCCGCCUUGCGGUGGUUGGUGGCGGCCAGUCGUCUGCCGAGAUGGUGUGCUACCUGCGCGACCGUUUCCCCGACGCCGACCUUGACAUGAUUGUGCGUGCGUCGGCGCUGGUGCCGUCCGACGACUCGCCGUUUGUGAACAGUGCCGCAUUCGACCCCUCGAGCGUGUCGACGUUCUGGGAGAGCACCGCACGCGCGCGCCGCGCGCAGCUCGACGAGUUUAAGCGCACCAACUACUCGGUCGUGCGCAGCGACCUGCUUUCGCAAGUGUAUGAGCUGGUCUAUGACCAGGAAAUCGACUACCGGGACCCCUACAUGCCUGAAAAAGGCGUUGUCCGUGUCAUGGCGAGCACGGCGCUGGACAGUGCUGAGUCGCUCCCCGACGGCCGCAUUCGCAUUUCUACGUCGACCACCGCCGGCGACUCUGUCAAGCGCUCGGACGUGUACGACGCUGUUUUUCUUGGCACGGGCUUUCAACGGGCUGCUAGUACGCUCCCUUUUGUUCGUACGCUUUCUUCUCAUUUCCCUAUGCUUUCUGCUGAGGGUGUGCUUGCCCUUCGCGAGCGUGAGAUGCGCGAAGACGCCGAGAUUGCCAGCGCCGCCGAUCCCGACGUGGCUCGCGCGGCCGCACGCGGUAUCACGCGCGACUACCGCCUUGUCCCCUCGGACCCUCCGCGCUGGCGUCACGACAUGUCGGCUGCGACCGUGCACCCCGCUGUCCUCGAGCGCAUCCCCCAGAGCCGUGUCGGGCGCGAGGGCAGCCGCGAGAGCAGCGUCGCGUCCGCACGCCGCGGCGACUCGGGCUACAACUCUGGCACGCCCAGCACGCCGUGCACGCCGUGCACGGAGCGUCACGAGGUGCCCGAGCGCCCCACGACGCCCGCCAACGUCUAUGUGUUUGGCUGCAACGAAUACACGCACGGCCUUUCGGACAGCCUCAUGUCGAUGGUCGCGCACCGCGCCGGCGUGGUUAGCGCCUCGCUGCUGUCGGCCACCCCGAUCGCAAACCGGCCGCUGAAGCCCCUCUAA